AUGUGGGGUUUUGCAUCAAACGCUUGGUCAUCUGGGCUGGGGAAGAGGAGUCCCCCAAAUUGCACUUCUUCGAGUGCUGCUUGUUCUGAUGACGAAGCAUCCUCUUGCACAAGCAGGGAAGAAGACCUGGAAUGCCCAAUAUGUUGGGAGUCUUUCAACAUAGUGGAGAAUGUGCCUUAUGUGCUAUGGUGCGGCCACACCAUGUGCAAGAACUGCAUCCUAGGACUUCAAUGGGCUGUCAUCAAAGUUCCAACUGUGCCGAUCCAGCUACCAUUCUUCAUUUGCUGUCCCUGGUGCAACCUCCUGUCACUUCGCAUACUUUACAAAGGGAACCUCACAUUCCCACGAAAGAACUAUUUCCUCCUUUGGAUGGUUGAGGGGAUGAAUGGCGAACGGGCCAGGUCACGCCCAGCUAUUCAUAGUGAGCAACAGACUCCAUGGCUCUCAAGCAGCAGUAGAGCAAAUGGAAAUGCAGGCUAUUCAAAUCCCACUAUACGCCACCUUCCGCCACCGGUUGACACGCCGCCCACUAAUGCCAAUCAUGCCAACCAUGGGGUCCCUCUGCUGAACGCAGAGAGGGUACAAGCUUCGCUGCGCAAGUCCUUGUCGUUCCUGGUUCACUUGACUGCCAAGUUUCCCCUGGUGUUCAUCUUCCUCCUCAUAGUGCUCUAUGCUAUCCCUGCCAGUGCAGCAGUCUUGUUAUUGUAUGUCCUUAUCACUGUGUUGUUUGCACUUCCCUCGUUCCUGAUACUGUAUUUUGCGUACCCGAGCCUGGACUGGCUUGUUAGAGAAAUCUUUGCCUGA